AUGCGAGGAUGCUGAGAUUUUUCUGUCAAUGCAUUUAUAAAAAAGAAGGCUAAAAAGAAAUCCCUAUAUAGAACUCAAAAAGAGGAUAUCAUAGACAUGAAAUUUAGCAAAAACAACAGAAUGAUGAAAAGCUCAUUGGGAAAACUUAGGAGUAAUUUUAUUUUUAAUCGAAUUGCAAAUAGAGGACGAAAUUUAGACAACAUACCUGUAAUCAAAAACCUAGUGUCUUUAAAAUCACAGAUGGAGAUGCCGAUAGAACAAUACCAAAAUAAAAAAGAUAAUAAGUUAGCUCUAUUUUUUGUUUAUUAUUCAAUCUCAUUUCUAAAAGUUUAA